AUGUCAUCCCACAUUCCACCGACAGCUCUGUGGCUUGAGCGAUCUCGUCUCGACGGAAUGAUGCUAGGGGCAGUAUCCUACGGCGGAUUCUUCAUCCUUACAGUGCAAGCUGCGAUCGCUCUCAUGCAACGGCCUCGACAUGGGGGGAAGAUUACAGAUAAUCGUUUGGCUCUUCUUGCCUACAUCUUUAUAACGUUUGUAUUGGGGACGAUAGGCCUCGCUGGGAACGUAAAAUACACGGAGAUGGUCUGGAUAGACCUUCGUGAUGUGCCUGGUGGGCCGGUUGCGUUAAUCGAGAAUGAAAUGGCUUACCCUAUCAAUGUCGUAACGAUUUCCUGCUACUUCGUCAUGGAGUGGUUUACGCAAGCCCUGCUUCUUUACAGAUGUUGUGUGAUAUGGAAUUGGGCUAGAUACGUGAUAAUCCCGGUGACCACUAUCUAUAUCGCCAUGAUUAUAAUGUCUGUUCUCGUCUUGAUCCAGUCAACUGCCGGCGCCAUUUGGUACAAUAUGAAUGUCCAGCUUGCCUACUUCUGCAUCGAAGUGGGGCUCAGUGUAAUUUAUACCGUUCUCGUGACGAAUCGCUUGCUCGUCAUGCGAGGCCUGAUGAGGCAGGUCGUGCAAGAACAUGACUAUUCUAACAUCUACAAUACCACCAUUCUCCUGGUCUUCGAAUCCAAUAUGCUAUACUCUGCCUGCGCCAUUAUUUUCAUAGUUUCCUUCGCUCUGCAUAGUAAUGUCUCCAAUCUGUGUUUCUUCUCUAUUGGUUAUGUCCAGGGCAUUGCGCAGUUGCUCAUUAUUAUCAGUGUAGCACGGGGGCAGGCAAUUACAUGCGAACUGUCAACCCCAGUUGAUAACGUGUCUACGUGUAUAGUAUUCUCGGGGACCGCAUCGGACGCACUAGAGGGAAGCAAUAAUGAGCGAGUAGCUAGAUCUGAGCAGGAUAGCAUUCGGUUGUAUUCUGUUGGGACGGAAUUUGACUAUUCUGUGUACGAGACUGCGGGUACUCUAUGCGACCACGCUGUUUGA